GCGAGCUGCAAGAAAUUUGAUGUUUUUGAACUUCCGCAUUCGGCGGGAUUUUGAUGCGGAGUUCGGGCAUGUUCAACCUCAUCUCAUAGCAACUUGGCCACAUUUCAUCCACAUCCCACGACCGCACGUCUGGGCCACGACUCCGCCUAAGCCUUCAAUGCGGUGAUCAAAAUCCACCAUGUCGUCCUCGCGGCCUUCCACGCCGGCCAACGGGACGCCGACCGCCUCGAAAGUCGGCUCUCCUGUCUCUCGAGUCGCAACAUUGGCCAGGGUGCGAUCGGAGACCCCGACGACCUCUCCCUUCCAGCUCGACGUUCCCAAGCUGCAUACCUUACCGUCCGAGCAACAGGCAUUGUACCUUCUGACCUUCACCACCAACCUCGCCAAGCACGCCGAGUCCCUCUCCAGCGACGCGAUUUCCGAAGAGCAGGGAGUGCUGAAGAAAGAGCUUCUACAGAUCAUAAACUUGACACAGCCGGCGCCGACGAGAGUCAUACGGAAUAAUGUGGGAGACUGCUUUACUGCCAUCUUCAGCAAGGGCAAUAGAAAGCUUCUCUAUGAAACCAUCAACGAUUUGGUGGCCCUCCUCAGCGCGGGGAAGGAGAAGGCGGUAGAUCAAAGGACGAAGCAUGCUGCUCUGUCAUCCCUUGGAGCGGUGUUCGAGGCCGCCGGAGACAGUGCCAUCAGUUUGUCACCAUUGGCAUGCACCGCAAUUCUCAAACUCCUCAAACCCGUGGCGAACGAAACGGCCUUGCGCGCGGCCAUCUACACCGCCUUCGCCCGCAUCACCAUGGGAAUCAAUACGCCCAUAGACGAGGAGCUUGGUCGGACCAUCUUCAAGGCCGCACGAAAAACCGUAGAGAGCGAUCGCGCCCUUCUGGUUCAGCAGGCUGCGUGUCAAGCCUUGGAGCAGUUGGUUCGAUGCACAUCGUAUUUCGACAACAGCAAUGACUUUGAGAAACUGCAGUCGUCCUUGUUCAAAGCCAUGGAUACCUCCUGUGCUCCUCUUCGUCAUGCUGCUGCUUCGUGCCUUGCCGCGGAAUUCGUCAAGAGUUUCAGUCAGGAUCCUAACAAGGAGAUCGUGCCCAAGGUCCGCAAGCCAAAGAAGACCAAGAAGGGCGCGCAGCCGGACGAGGACGCCGACCUGCCGGAUCGAGCAUCAUCACCUAUUCCUGAUAAACCAAACACGGCGCUGUCUUAUAGUCUGGCGGAGAUCCUAAAGAUCCUAUCAACUCAUUAUUGCCGCGGCGGCACCACCAAUCGUGCGCGCGCGGGCAUCGCAGUCUGCUACAUCAAAACGCUAAGGUCGUUGGGCGAAAGCGUAGUGGAAACCAACUACGGCAUAAUCGCCUUGCAUCUUUUCAACGAUAUCCUCGCUCACCCCGGUUGGAGCUACACCAACAAGUAUCGCUUGCUCAUCAGCCGCAAGUUUGUUCGCAUCAUUCUGGAACGGACUGUUGGGCGUAUGCUCGGGGAGAGCGCACAAUUGAACGCCUGCCGCUUUCUUCUUAACGACAUCAUCAAGGACUACCCUCAAGCUGUCAAGGAACGAGCUGAACCCGGGAAGCAAGUUCUAUCUGGCGCCAUCAGCGCUCUCGAAGCCUUGAUGGAUCGUUUGGGAGCCGCCGUGGGCAGCAUCGCGGACCUCUGUCGUGAGGGCUUACUGCAAGUGCUUCAGCACACGAGCUUCACUGUCCAGAUUCACGCUUCGCGUGCUUUGCGAACCUUUGUGCUCGCCUAUCCGCAGCAAUUACUGCCGACUAUGACGGUCUGCAUGAACUCCGUCUCCCGCGAGCUCAACCAGUUAAGUGGAGGGCGAGCGAGCAUGAGAAGAUGUCUCGGAUACGCUCAUGCUCUAGCUGCCGUCUUAAGCACAAGCAGUCAGCAACCACUUUACGGUUCGGUGGACGUAUACGCCCGUGUCUUCCAACAAGCGACUACUUUGCUCAAGACCAGCGGCAGUUCGGAUCUGAGAGUCAGUAGCUGCCAGCUCCAGGUUGCCUGGAUCAUGAUCGGCGGUCUCAUGUCGCUCGGGCCGAACUUUGUCAAGAUUCAUCUGAACCAGUUGAUGCUGCUGUGGAAGAAUGCUCUGCCGAGGCCCAUGUCACGAGAGAAUGUCAGCCAAAGGAACAUGCUGGAAGUCAGCUACUUGGCUCAUGUGCGAGAGUGCGCCCUGGGAUCUAUCCGGGCUUUCUUGGCCUUCAACCAGCGCCUCCUCACGUCCGACAUUUCCAAGCGACUGGCAGUCAUGCUAGAGAACACCGUGGCAUUCCUGCAAAGUCUGCCCGAGAAGAAGACAUCGGAAGAGCCGGCCAACAGACUCAGCGCAAGCUUACAAUUGCAGGACUACGAUGUUAUGGUGCGCCGGCGGGUAUUUCAAUGCUUCUGCCAGCUCCUCACACUCAGUCCGCUCGGAGCACUCGAAAGUACGGCACACUCCACGGUACUGCCGCUCGCCGUCGCUAGCUUUUCCGAUGUGGACUACUACGUUCCGAGCUCACUCAGCGCUUCAAUCGCGAGCGCUGCUGCCAACUUUGAAAGCAUUUGGGAAGCCGGAGACAACUACGGAUUCGGAGUAACUGGUCUAAUCUCAGGCCUGGACGUGAGGAAUCCCGUGAGCAGAGCACUGCAACCACACUGGUCGACAAGAAACGACAAAGAGACAGAUUCGAUCGAUGCAUCUGUCCUGAGUCCCGUCAGCUCAUCUGCAGAAAUGGACGGCAUGAGCUGCUAUCUCCACUCAACCGCGGAAUCCGAAGAUGCAGAGUUGCCCAAUUCAUCCUCCACCGAGACUGUCAAUGCAGCCAUCGCCGUCUUUGGUCUAUGCCUCCCUUUGCAGACGGUCAAAGUACAAGAGAGCAUGUGCGCGCAGAUUUCGUCUUCUCUUGCUUCCUCGGCGUUGCAGAAAGACGCUGCACGCAAGUCUGCAAUCACUGUGAACGUGGCGCUUGCAUUGUUAACUGCAUCCAAGGUGACGACGGGUGAGACUGGUGCAGCCAGAGGCGACAUCAAGCACCAGAAGACGGAGAAGGCGUUGCAGUCCCUCCUUCACCUUUGUCUGAUGGACACAGACGAGAGUGCCCGGCAGCUUGCCGCCAGUGCAAUUGGCCGUGUCUGUUGCAGUGCGGGAACGGCUUUCACGGCUUCGGAAGUCACGUUCUUAACAGAGACUAUCGUUAGCAAUCGCGAACCGCAUGUACGAGCUGGCUGCGCUGUGGCUCUCGCAAGAAUCCACAGUCAGCUGGGUGGCAUGGCCGCCGGCUUCCACAUGAAAAGCAUCGUUGGCAUCCUCAUGAGUCUCACAGCCGAUACCCACCCGCUCGUCCACUUUUGGGCUCUAGACAGCCUUGCACAAGUCGCCGAGUCGGCCGGUCUGAACUUCUCGGGCUAUGUCACCAGUACGAUUGGCAUUCUUAGCCAGCUAUACGUGAGCGAAAGCCAUAACCCCGAGACGAGCUCUCUCGCAUCUUCCAACAUGAGCAUGUCCCUACCAGUGACAGCUGCGAUAGCGCGUGGACUGGAUGCUAUCGUCAAUGUCCUAGGACCGGACUUGCAAGAUAUGACGAAAGCGAGAGAGCUCAUCAUGAGUCUCGUCAUUUUGUUUUCGAGCGAAAGGGAUGAUGUCAGCAUACUCCUGGAGAGCUUGCGAUGCAUGGAGCACCUCUCGCUGUAUGCCCCGGGUUUCGUCGAUUUCGCCGACUACGUGUGCCGCUUGCAGGCGAACGUGGAUCACGAGAACGUCGAGAUCCGGCAAUCCGCGCUCCACGGGCUGUUCACACUUAUGCGUCGGGACGCCGAUGAUGUCGUCAAGGCUGCGAAGCCUGGGUUGGAGAAUCGACUGUGGGACUACCUCAAUACCAGCCCCGAUCAAAUGCAUAUCAGGAGCAUCUUCAUGAAUUGGCUGCAACAGACUGGGCUGAGUGAUCCCGCGGGUUGGAUACAUCGAUGCAACGCCAUCCUGACCAAGGCCAAAACGAAGGCGGCAGACCCACAACAAGCCAAUCCGACAAUAUACAAAGACACCGCUGGCCCUGACCUGCAGGACGAGGAAGUUGCUGGCUUCGCAGCGGCCGCUGGAGUCCACAAAGAAGAAGACGGCGAGGCUGCCUCGAGCUCCUCUCAAGAACUGAUGAGGUGGCAAGUUCGGUUCUUCGCCAUGGAAUGCCUGCACACGCUCAUCUCGAUGAUCUCCAAAGAAGCAGCCAUCAGCUCGGACGAAGGGCCAGGCGAGCGAGCACUCCAGCAGAAAGUCGGCGAUGUAAUCCGCAUUGCAUUCUCCGCCUCCACCGCUGGCGUACCCACGCUACGCGUCGUGGGAUUGCGCAUCAUCGAGCAGAUUCUGGAGAUGUUUGGUCGCACGCCCGAUCCUGAAUUCCCUGAGGCUAUGUUGCUGGAACUGUACCAGGCGCAAAUCUCCUCGGCACUGACGCCCGCUUUUGCCGCUGACUCCAGUCCGGAGCUAGCGGCGGAGGCGGUCAAUGUGUGUGCCACGUUCAUCGCCACUGGCAUCGUGACCGACGUGGACCGCAUGGGGCGCAUCCUCAAAUUGCUGGUUUCUGCUCUCGACAGUUUCUCCCGGGACACCGAAGUCGCAUCCAUUGGCGACUUGAAAGGGCUGAGCUCCAACGCGCAGGUGAUGGUCCGCAUGGCCGUCUUCUCAGCCUGGGCGGAGCUGCAAAUCGCCAGCGGAGAGCAGAAGUACCUCGACGACGUGGUGAAGCCGCAUAUCGCGCAGCUGGUGCCGUUGUGGCUCACGAGUUUGAGAGAGUACUCUCGCUUGCGAUUCGAGCCGGACAUCUCGCAAGCCCUUCCAAGCGGCAUGUCGUCUGCCGAGGGCGAUUUCAAUACCAUCUAUGCGGCGCUCAAUCGGCAGACGUUGCUUACUUUCUAUCAAGAUUCUUGGUUGAGCUUGGUGGAUGCUAUUGCGAGUUUGAUUGACGAAGAUAGCGAAUUUGUCUUUCAAGCGCUGGAUGACAAGCAGGUCAAGGAGAUUGCCACUGACGGCGAAAAAAGCGAAAGGGAGCCAGGCGUGAAUGGAAUCGUGCGAAAAGGCAGCGGCAUCAACUAUCGCGAAGAGCCAGUGGCUUUCUUCUUCGUCCUCUUCGGUCUGGCAUUCGAAUCGCUCGCCGUCCGAACUGCAGACGAUGAUAUCGUCGCACGCCAACGCAACCUCGACAUCCUUCGGGCGUUGAAGAAGAUUCUGCGUCCAUCCGUCUCGGGCAACGCGAUUUACCAACAAGUCAUCUUCGCCGAGACAAUGGACUUGCUCGACCGCAUGGUGCUGACGGAAAGCCUAAGCGUGCAAAGCGUGAUAGUCGAAAUCGCGCGCAAUCUCUGCGUCAUCCAUCCCUCGUCUCGCCAAAGCGACGCGGUAGAAGAGGAAGCCUCGGCCAACGGCGAAACGCUAUCCGAAGACAUUGAGCAGCUCUUCGAACUCACCCGCAUCAUCGUCCUUGUCCUCGCAGGCCUCAUCCCAGGCCUGACCGACGGCCCCGUUCACGCGCGCCUCGAAACGUCCGAAGAAGCCGUCGGCCUCGUGCGCUCUGCUCUGCAGGCCCUCGUCGACGUCUCCGAGGUCUUCCCCUCCAUCAUCAAAACAGACCUGAACGCCACGAUUCUGCACAUCUUUGUCGCCAUCUUGGGCACGGGAGCGUGUCAAGCAGCCGUCAUCCCACAAGCACUCCCGAUCUUCCGGCGCUUCGUAGCGAGCAUAGCAAGCAGCGAGCAACCCGAAACUCAGUCGCAAUUACGAACCACGCUCGCGCGCAUGCAACUCAUCCUCCGCAACGCGCAGCGCAGAGAAACGCCCGCCAGCGUGGCCUGCGAGAAGAACACGCUGCUGGCAAUCACAGUCCUGCUCUCCGUCGCCUCCUCCCACCUCCGAGAUACAGACGCGCUGGUGAGCCGCUUCGUCUCCGAGCUCCGCGACUGCCUCGAAGUGCCCCUGACAAGCCGCAUAGCCGCUGGCUGCAUUCGCACUCUUCUGCUGACGACGACGGGCCAUGCCGUCGCGCCGCGCACCUUGCUCUCCACGUCGGUGGAGUUCCUGCUCAAACCUUCGGAGUUGGAGGGUUUGGAGGAGAGUAAAGGGGUCAUGGCGCAGACGCUGCUGCUGUACGCGGGCCGGGUGCCUGUGGCGCAGCGUCCGGCGGUCGUGGCGCUUGCGAUGAAGACUUUGCUGAGCCGUGCUACGGCGCAGGGAAGUGCACUGUACCCCGAGACGGCGGGACGAUUACUUGAGCUCGCUGCUUUGGACAAUGCUGCUUUCCGGGGUGUGGUGGCGGGCAUGGAUGGCGAGGAGAAGGCGGUGCUGGAGCGGGUGUUGAAAUCUACGGCCGGGGCGAGGAGGAAGAGCGAGGAUUUGGGGCAGGAGAGCGAGCCGACGAUUGCGCUGAAGAUGAAUUUCGGCGGUGGAUCGUGAGUGUGGACAAUGCUGCACAAUCUAUAGAUGCAUCUAAUGUGAAAGU